GUUUGACAUAUUGUAUCAGUUUGAAUUUGUAAUGUAGCCGGUUUUUAAUUAGAAACAAUUAUAAACAUGAUGUUAAACUUAAUUAACACUCUAAAAGUAUAAUUAACUUUUACAUGAGUGUAAUCAGUAUUGGCCCCGUGUCUUAAUUAUAUAAAAGCGUUUAGAAAUGUAUGAGAUACAUUUACUCGUAUCGUUUAUACUUUUGUUUGGUGAAGUAUGCCUUUUAGAUAAUGGAUUGGCGAAAAAACCACCCAUGGGGUGGAUGUCUUGGGGUUACUACAUGUGUAGCGUAGACUGUGAGAAGAAUCCACGAAAAUGUCUAAAUGAACAGCUAAUACUGUCAAUAGCUGAUACAUUCUACAAUGAAGGUUAUCAAGAAGCUGGUUUUGAAUAUAUUAUAAUAGAUGACUGUUGGUCAGAAAAGAAGAGGGAUGCUCAAGGUAGAUUGGUGCCUGAUAGAAAGAGGUUUCCCCGCGGAAUGAAAUACAUUGNNNUUCAGAUUCACAGCCGAGGUCUAAAAUUCGGUAUGUACACUAACGUAGCGGAGGUGACGUGUAUGCAUUAUCCAGGAUCGAAAGGUCACUUUGGUGUAGAUGCUAAAAUGUUUGCCGAAUGGAAUGUGGAUUAUAUUAAAGUGGACGGCUGCUUUGUUGGCGAGGAAUUCUUAAAUACAGCGUAUAUAAAAUUCGGGGAGCAUUUAAAUGCCACUGGACGGCCAAUGCUAUACUCAUGCAGUUGGCCAUAUUAUAUUGAAUUUAUUCACUAUGGAACACCCGAUUACAAAACAAUAUCUCGCCAUUGCAACAUGUGGCGCAACUAUCAUGACGUCGUGACGUCAUGGAGCGCUAUCAAAGCCAUAAUUAGUCAUUACAAGUCGAGAUACUAUGAACUUAGUCCAUUCCAUAAGCCGGGACAGUGGAACGAUAUGGAUAUGUUAAUCUUCGGCACAGGGUCACUUACAGAGAGCCAAAGUCGGGUGCAUGUAGCUGUUUAUUUGAUGUUAGCUGCGCCUCUACUAUUGAGUUGCGAUAUGACGAGAAUAAAUGUGUAUGAAAGGGAUUUAUUAUUGAAUAUGGAUCUUUUAGCAAUUGGGCAGGAUUCUUUGGGGGUUAUGGGACAGCCUUUUGAGCUCGCAAAUUCCAUAACCUUAUGGGUGAAACCGCAUUUGCCGAGGAAAGGUGACAAAUAUCAUUCCGUCUCUUUCGCACUCGUCAAUUUAAAAACCGAGGGAGAUUCUGUCUCUUUCACGCCGGGGCACUAUGGACUCAAUUCGACUGAUGGUUAUACUGUUAUGGAUAUAUUUACACGAAAGUAUAUAAGAAACGUCACGUUACAAGAUAGUAUUUCAGUGAUUGUACCACCCGAAGAUGUGAUACUCUACACUUUAUUUCCACUAUGAUCUUCAGAUAGCAAUUAUGUAGUACUUAAUAAAUUAUUUGCAAAGAAA